GUUUGAUAAGAUUCCACAGCCCACUCGUUUCGGACCAUGCGGAUUGUUGGCUGUUUUUCGUGUGACGUAGGGGCCCCUGCGAUGGCACCCUCUCGAGCGUGCGAGAGAACUAGACUAGAGGCGGCGUGACUCGUCUCGCUCCGACACUAUGCGCGAGGACGCGAGCGGCCAGCGGCCACGGGACUCGGGAUGCAUCCGAUCGAUCUCCUGCUCCUGCUCGGGCUUCGGUCGUCCUUUCGCAUCAGACAUUCUGCGCACAGCAGGCCACUCGGGCCUCGUUUGUCUGCGACUCGCCCUCGCGCUGUCUGCAGACGCAGCAGAUGAUCGUCAUCUUACGGAACCAGUACACGCAGAAAAGGAAAAGCCACGAAGACUGCACGAGCCGAACCGCGAUUCAUCGCUGCCUUCGCCUUCGCCUUCGCUUCUUGACAAGUCAGCGGGGCUUUUGAAAUCCACCGCCUCCGGGAAGGUCUCGGGCUGCUCUCGUUCCCUGGAGAGCUCGAACUCUCGUCCUGCCGGAAUGCUUUAAAAUUCGUGCACCGCGGUAAAUCCACUGGUUCAUGAUUAUUCGGUCCAAGAAAAAGGCGGACGCAGGGUUAGUGCAUGCCCUAGAUCUGCUUUCGAAUCUAGGUUGGUACAGUAUAGGAUAGUACAAUACACCGGUGUACCGUGUGUACAGGCUGGCAAUUCUACCUACCUCGUUGGUUGGGAUCAUGGUAGAAGACACUCCUACUGUUACACCCUCGAACCUACUACAGUAACCUCGCGGAGGUAACUACAGUACACGGCCUCGCAAUGCAAUGAUAUUUCUGGAGAUGUCCCUACUUUAAUUCUACACUACUCAAUCACUUGUACUUGCCGAGCCCAGACAGACAGAGAAACAUUCAUGAAUGAAUGAGACUAUGACAAAGCA